CUUUGUUCUUGACGUCUUUGCCCUACAAGUAACUGACCGCGGAUGGCGACCGCUCGUCAGAUUGCAUUAGCUUCCAACUAUGGCGCUCACUCGUCCUCUAAAGGGCCACCAAUGUUUCUCCAAAAGCUUUACAAGAUAGUUAGCGACCCAUCCACGAACGAUGUAAUCUGCUGGUCCGAUGCUGGAGACUCUUUCUUCAUUCACGACCAUGAGCGGCUCGCGAAGGAGCAUCUCGGUAACUGGUUCAAGCACAACAAGUUCGCAUCCUUUGUGCGCCAACUCAACAUGUAUGGUUUUCACAAAAUACCGCAUCUUCAACAAGGAGUAUUGAGAAGUGAUUCGGAUGCAGAGCACUCUCAGUUUGCACAUCCUGACUUCCAUCGUGGCCAGGAAGAUCGCCUAGUCUUUAUUGAGAGGAAGAAGCAACCCGGUGGCAAUCGCGACGGAAACCCCAUCGACCUAUCGCUCGGAGUAUCUUCGAGCGGCCCCUCGCAAUCCUCUGCCCCUUCCCAACAGCUUGAUUGGCAUUCUAUUGUCACCGGCAUCACGGCCAUUCGUCGACACCAGACCAAUAUCUCAAACGAGUUGAGUGAACUCAAACGGUCCAACCAAGUUCUCUGGCAGGAAGCAAUGGAAACUCGUGAACGUCAUCAAAGGCAGCAGGACACCAUCAAUCGCAUCAUCAAGUUCCUCGCUGGUGUUUUCGGACAACAAGUCAGCGUUUCGCCGAGAGAGAAAGAAGAUGGUCGGUCUAGCCCACACCCGGUCGUCCCUGGAACUCGUUUGAUGAUUGAGGGGAGAAAACAUGGUUCUGGUGGGAAAGUGGAGAUCACAGAGGUUCAGGACGAGGAGAACACGAAUUCUGCCCAUUCGAGGGAUCCUUCACCACUACCUUGUAUGGACGAGACUCCGGUCACGACGCUAUCCAGGCCACUUUCUAGAGCAAACUCAGACGUCAGCACACCAUUACUCAGAGACAUCCCUUCAUUCCCAACUAGCACUCUUCCUGAGAUGCAGAAAUCUUCUUUUGAGUCUCCUGCUUCCCCAAUAAGUUCCACCGCCUUCCAUUCAACCUCCACGAACAACAACUCAAUCAUUUCCACUCAACCCCGGUAUCCCGCAUCCGACAUUACUCACGAAAGCGUCAAUCGUCCUUCCUCUCACUCCCCUUCAUUCGACGUUAAAUUCCAAAGUGCUUUAAAUCAACUCUCGGUAUCAGACCUGCAGCAACUAUUUGCAUCAUUGGCAGCCCAAACAAGCCCACUGAAUGAAAGUGCCUCUGAUGGACCCCAGCAGACUCAAGGUCAAUUACAGUCGCUGACUUCGCAGUUAGCACCCUACAAAGCGCCGUUCGAUUUUGGACCACUAUCCCCACCUGGCGCGAAAGCAUCCACCUCAGAGAGUGACGGUCUAAUAUCAAAUGCUCCUUACCGCAUCGAUCAAAAUUGGGAAGUCACAGACGAUAUAGAGAAAGAUGUUACUUCUGUCAAUUCGGGGAUAGACAGUUUAAUCGAAACUCUUGGACUAGAUCCCGCCCUCCUUAGUUCAGUAGAGCCAGAGAACCCCUCAAUUUCAAUACCAUCGGUCAAUUCGUCGUCCAUACUAUAUCCCAAUGGACUUCCGACGGACAGCAGUACAGGCUUAAACUCUGCGGGACAACCUCCAGUUUCAGAAGACUUUUUCAACACUUACCUACACAACCUGAAUGACGUUGAUACGGAUCCUUCAUUCGAUUUCUCCAUUCCUGCGAUCGCUGGUGAUAACACCUCUGCCAACAGCCCCAUCUUAGCAGCCGUCGAUACCUCUCCUCAUCCUCGCUCUCCAGGCAAGUCGCAAGCAGAUGCAGCUGCAGCAGCGACGAGCACAAAAGGGAGGAAGCGUAAAUCAGAAGGUCCUCCAAACCCGAACGAGGUCUCCAUGAAGCUUUAUUCACCCCCGAACCCCCGUGUCAAAAAACAGAAGAAAUGAUUGAAUCUUGGUGUAAUAGUUAGUUCCCUCUAUCUGUGUACUCGUUAUGUUGUGUUUUGCUCACGUUGCUCACGGUCUACUUAUCCUAAUCUAUUGCAUACUCGUACCCAGAACUUGUAUUCACAGCAAGUAAUUGUGCAAUCUCAAUCUCGUACUUGCCUUAUGCUACUUGCAUAAUUCAUCACAGAAGGGCCGGAACGUCUAGGCUUUAGACAAGGAGAUCCAGAAAACUCCGAAGAAAAGGCGAAAAGAAAUUACACUAUUUCAAUUGACUAGAGACCACCGGAAACAACAGCUUGCACCAUGUAAAGGUGAAUUAAGAUCAAGGUAGUCUCCACCGAGCGCCUAUUUGCCUCCAGCGGGACAGGGAAGAGCCUCGUAAUAGGGAACGGAAUCGUGAAAUUCAUACUGCGGGAGCGAAUACCGCACAGUCGACCCGUCAUGUAUUCGUAU